GGCGGGUGCGCGCAUAGCCAGCCGGGAAUGAACGGACCGGCGCCAAUGGUAGGCGCCGGCGGUGGUGGAGGGGGGGAAGGUGGCAAAGUGAGCGCCCUUCCUUGGCGCGUCCUCCUCCUCUUCCUCCCGCUUUUCCUCCAUUCAUUGCCCAUCGCCUCCCCCUCCCUACGCCGUCCUCUCAGGGCGCCACCGCCGCCAUGGAGGCGCUGAUCCCGGUCAUCAACAAGCUGCAGGACGUCUUUAACACGGUGGGCGCUGAUAUCAUCCAGCUGCCGCAGAUCGUGGUGGUCGGGACGCAGAGCAGUGGGAAAAGUUCUGUGCUGGAAAGUCUGGUGGGGAGGGACCUGCUCCCGAGAGGCACUGGGAUUGUCACCCGGAGACCCCUCAUCCUGCAGCUGGUGCACGUUUCUGCAGAGGAUCGCCGGAAAACAGCUGGAGAUGAAAACGACCCUGCAACGUGGAAACAUGCAAGGCACCUUUCUAAAGGGAUUGAUGCUGAAGAAUGGGGGAAAUUUCUGCACACCAAAAACAAGCUGUACACAGACUUCGAUGAAAUUAGGCAAGAAAUAGAAAAUGAAACUGAAAGGAUUUCAGGAAAUAAUAAGGGGAUCAGCCCUGAACCAAUUCAUCUAAAGAUUUUUUCUCCUAAUGUUGUCAACCUGACCCUUGUAGAUUUACCAGGAAUAACAAAGGUACCUGUGGGUGAUCAACCAAAGGAUAUUGAACUUCAGAUCCGAGAACUAAUCCUUAGAUUCAUUAGUAACCCAAAUUCUAUUAUUCUGGCAGUCACUGCUGCUAACACGGACAUGGCCACUUCUGAGGCGCUUAAAAUAGCGCGGGAGGUGGAUCCAGAUGGACGGCGCACCCUUGCCGUGAUCACAAAGCUGGAUCUCAUGGAUGCUGGUACUGAUGCUAUGGAUGUCCUUAUGGGAAGAGUGAUACCUGUUAAACUGGGCAUCAUUGGUGUGGUGAAUAGGAGUCAGUUGGAUAUUAACAACAAGAAGAGUGUCACUGAUUCAAUUCGAGACGAGUAUGCUUUUCUCCAGAAGAAGUAUCCCUCUCUAGCCAAUCGGAAUGGCACAAAGUACCUUGCUAGGACACUCAACAGGUUACUCAUGCAUCACAUCAGGGAUUGCUUACCAGAACUGAAAACCAGAAUCAAUGUUCUAGCUGCUCAGUAUCAGUCUCUGCUGAACAGCUAUGGAGAGCCUGUGGAUGACAAGAGUGCCACGUUGCUACAGCUGAUUACCAAAUUUGCCACUGAAUAUUGCAACACCAUUGAAGGGACAGCAAAAUACAUAGAGACUUCAGAACUAUGCGGUGGAGCUAGGAUUUGCUACAUUUUUCAUGAAACCUUUGGGCGUACCUUAGAAUCAGUUGAUCCACUUGGUGGCCUUAACACCAUUGACAUCUUGACGGCCAUUAGAAAUGCUACUGGUCCCCGCCCGGCCUUGUUUGUACCUGAAGUUUCAUUUGAGCUGCUGGUCAAGAGGCAAAUCAAACGAUUGGAAGAGCCCAGCUUGCGAUGUGUCGAGCUUGUUCACGAGGAAAUGCAGAGGAUUAUUCAGCAUUGUAGCAAUUACAGUACACAGGAAUUGCUGAGGUUUCCAAAACUCCAUGAUGCUAUCGUUGAGGUUGUGACUAGUCUUUUGCGUCGAAGGCUACCAGUUACAAACGAAAUGGUUCACAAUUUGGUAGCCAUUGAGUUGGCCUAUAUCAACACUAAACAUCCAGAUUUUGCAGAUGCUUGUGGGCUAAUAAACAACAACAUAGAGGAGCAAAGGCGGAACAGGUUAGCCAGAGAGAUGCCUUCUGCUGGGUCACGAGACAAAUCCACUAAGCCUCCUGGUGUUUUAGCACCAUCCACCCAGGAGACCUCUACUGCUGGUUCUGCCGAGGUUGAUGGCAAGACAUCCUCUGCUGUGGGAGAGGGAGGCCAGGAAACCGGAACAGGCAACUGGAGAGGAAUGUUGAAAACAUCCAGAGCUGAGGAGAUAUUAGCCGAGGAAAAGUCAAAACCAGUAACGGUCCUACCUGCCAGCCCUCAAAAGUGCCAUGCUGUAAAUUUGCUGGAUGUGCCUGUUCCUGUUGCACGUAAGCUUUCAGCCCGAGAGCAACGAGACUGUGAGGUGAUUGAACGCCUUAUCAAAUCCUACUUCCUAAUUGUGAGGAAGAACAUACAAGACAGUGUGCCAAAAGCAGUGAUGCAUUUUCUGGUUAACCACGUGAAAGACUCUCUUCAGAGUGAGCUAGUGGGACAGCUGUACAAAGCCUUAUUGCUAGAUGACCUUUUGACUGAAUCAGAGGACAUGGCUCAGCGCAGGAAGGAGGCAGCCGACAUGUUACAGGCCUUGCAACGAGCCAGUCAGAUUAUUGCUGAGAUUCGAGAGACACACCUUUGGUGAAUGGUUUCUCCAACUGGGUGAAGAAAUGGAUGACUUGAAAAUUGCUAGCUGUUGUAUACUUAUGAACUUCUGUGUGUACUGCAGCAUGUAUAAAUCUCCUCCUGUAAAGACAGUUCAGUUUGGCUUUUUAUGGACAAGAAAGAAUGCUGUACUUCACAAAACGAGUCCCAAGUCUGUUCUCCUUUGAGGGACCGGACUGACCUGGACUUGGAGAAAGAACCAUGUAAAAAUUCCAGUGCCUGGCUUGCUAAACGAGUUGCCUGUGGAUAGGAUGAACAGUGUAGUAUUGUGAUGUAGCCUUUUCAGCUGGAUUUGCAAUAUAGGUUUUUCAACCAUGAACAAACGACAACACAAUAUUUUCUUUAGUAUGAAUUAAAUUGCAUGCACUCUAAAAUUUCAAGCGGAUAAACGGCACAGUAGAAAUACUGCCUGAUAACUAUGUAAUGUGUACCCUCAUGUUUUAGAAUGUCAAAAGAAAUAUUUGGCCAACUUACAAACUGCAUUGGUUAUUUGUGUCCUUUUAGCUAGAUACAUACGGAAUAAGUAGAGAUUCUGCUAAAUAAUCAGAAUUUUGAAGAAUCCUAUAUCCCCCUGGCUGGGACCAAGAAACCUGGACCAUCAACUUAAGAUCCAGACUAAAAAACAGCAACAUUAAAAAGUAUUGUGGCAGAUCAGGUUUCUCUUAAACAAUUGUGGAACGAGGUAAAGAACCUUUAGAAACUAUUGAAGUAAAGACAGCUGCUUCUUAGAUUAAUUUAAUGGCUCCGACCCAUUACUAUGUUCUCAAGCUAAUUUUAGGUGUCAGUGUGAUAACUUGCUUGACUAUCUACCAUACUCACCAAAAUCAACAGUAAUUAGUUCCUGAAGAUUUUAUAAAUUUUAUGUUUAAAACACAAUAGGUCUGUUCACACAUGACACUCUUCCUGCAUGGAGGAAAAAUAUGUGUCACGUUUGAAGUACCGUGUUUUUAGUUCACUGUGACGUGUGUAUCCUAAGCAGCCAUACUGCCUUACUCAAUCAGUGUAUGGGGGGGGGAGGGAAUAAACCCUUGGGCUUCACAUAUUGUGUAUAGGAUUUUAUCCACUCAGCUCUUGCACUACAGGCUGAAAAUAUUAAUCUGAUCUUAAAUACAAUUGAGACAAAAGGUUUUUUAUAUUUAAUUAAAACAUUCAGUAGCAGUUUGAAAACAUGCUAUUGCUGUCUUCUUCCUCCCCUUAUAUUAUAUUGAAACUUAAAUGCAAUGGUGCCAUUAAGUGUGUGUGCACUUCACCUCCCUAAAAAUCAUACAGCAAACAUAGGAAAAUAAAAUUGUGCUUUAAAAUAACUUCUGCAGCUUUGACAAAUCUGUAGGGCAAGGUAUGUACUAAACUCAGUAGGAAGUGCUAUGUUAUUCUCCUGAGAGGUAACUUAAUUCCUUCUAAGUUGAAUGAAGCCGCACUAGCAUCUGCCAACUUAGAAUCACCUCUUAUCUCAUUCCCUCUAUUAUGAUUAGGCAUUCGUGCCAUUGCUUAUGUAGCCAAAAGGCAGCACCCCAAGCACAUGAGGGUGGCAUUAGGCUGCUUGAGGGAAAUCCAGUGUUUGCAGAAGUACUCUCUAGCUAGCUAAUCUCAAGGGAAACCCUCAAACAGCCAAAGAAGAAUAAGUAUACCCAGUGGCCAUGAAAUGGUGCUGACUGACAUUUGGGGGGGGGGAUGGGGGAUGCCAGAUGGACAGAAGGCCGGAAUGGGUAUCUUAGGGAACGGGAACACUCUACUACAGCAACAUUCAACACUGAUGGUGGUAUAAAUGUAGACUGCAGCGUUCAUGCUUGACUAACAAGUAAUUGUCUGUCAAAGGUGAAACCUUGCAGAAGCCACACUUUUUUUUUUUAACCUACUGAUAGUAUAAAUCAGGUCUAGCCCUCCAGAUUUUGCUGAACUACAACUCGUAUCAGCCCUGGCGUUUGGUCAUGCUUGCUAGGGCAGAUGGGAGUUGUAGUUCAGCAACAUCUAAGGGCCAAAGAUUUCCCAUCUCUGAUUUAAAACCUCACCCUCAUCAGAAGAUUUCAAGAUAGUGUACGAAAGUGUGAAUAAAGCAUUUAAAUAUACAAUCACCCUAUUCCUAUUCUGGCACAUAUUGUCAUUCAUAAAUACCCCCUUUAAGUGGUCCUUAGAGGUGGAUACUAUUUCUAGGUCAUAAGGUUGUAGGGCAGAAACAAACUUUCCAGCCUAGAUACUGCAUCUCAGUUCAUGACACUUCUAUGGUAACGAUGGAUUUUGAAGCACAUGCUACAUUUUCAAAGAUAAGAUGUUGAGAGUAUAGAAUAGAUCACAGAUGGAUAACCAACUCUGUUAGAAUUCCUAAAGGGAAUCUUGCCCUGAAAAAACAUUCACCUACAUCAGGAAUGAGCAACUGCCAGCCUGCCAACCAAAUGUAGCCCCUGGAGCUUCCUUGCUUGACCUGCACCAUCCUCUCUUCACCCCACCCCUGCUGCAAUUAGGCUUGGGUCUAUUGGCUCCAACAGACAUCUUAAGGGUGGGGGUCUGUCUACCUUGAGGAUGCUGCUGGGAGGGAAGGUUAACCCACAUUUUCAACAUCACACACCACCCCUUCAGCAAUUAGGCUUGAAAAAACACUAAAAUUCUUUUUUCAAGCCUAUUUGGGGGGGGGUAUGGUGUAUGUUUGCAGGGGUGGCCAUGGCCACAUGAGGCAUGUGGCACCUGAAGAGCUAGAUGAGGGAAUGCAGCUUUGGGGCAAUAAAAAAGUUUCCUAGUAAAGAUCGGAUUGCCCAUCAAAACCUUAACUCUUCACACUGCCUUGAAGUUUGCAAAUAGACAAUUUCAAUCUUGCGUAGUUCAAAGCAGUCACAGUAUUAGCAGCUGUGAAUAAAUUUAAAACAGCUAAUGAAUACUCAUAAUGCUGUAUGAAUACUUUCAGUACUGCUUGCACAGGACACAGCACACCAAAUUUUUAUAAAAUUAGCAUGCUAGGUACAUACUAUGUACUUUGACUGCAUUUAGAGUGAUUUUUCUUCCUAUCUUUAGUAACAUAAUGUAUCCAAGGCAAUGGAAGUCUUCUGAUAUAGCUGUACAUAUUUUAAAAAAUUGUCCAGUGCAAUUUAUGAUCAUCGAAAAUUAGUAAAUUGAAGAUCAUUAGCUUAUAAAGAUUGAAGAGCAGGCAUCCAGCAUCAGUACCACAUGUAUGUAGUUACUGUUGUAAAUAAAGCUGACUGUGUGAAAGCGACAGUUUUACAUCAAUAAAUCACUUUUCAAAGUA